AUGCGCUGUUCUCUGAUCAAACUAUUUGCCGAUCCAAUGUCACCUGGGGACGAAGUGCUGACAGGGAUUGUCGGCAACAACAAGGACCCCAUCGAAGGCCGUAGCCCAAGUGCUGCCCUAUUAUCAAUAGAUAUUUGCUACAGGGUGUUUGAUUCCACUCGGAAGACCCGCUUGAUGUCUUUCAGCGCAUUCCAGGAGAGCGGAGGCGAUGAAGGUGCUGCUCGGUCGCCCAAAGCUUGCCCGGCUAUAGCUUGGGUUGCGUACGCCGUCGACAGUGGUGACGUAUUCGGCGCCUAUGAGCUCUACUUCAGAGCCGACCUGUACACGGCCCAUGAGCUCGCGCCGGAUGCGGUGUUUCGCCAGGAUUUCUUUCUGCUCAAUGAGAUCUUCAGGACUACAGACGUCCGCGAGACGUAG